AUCCAGGUCCACAGUCUCAAAAGGCUUUUAGUGGGAGGGCUGCUAGCACGUUACUUUUGACGUGAGUGUGGGAGCUCAGUCCCCUUCCUGAUAGUCUUUUCUGUGUAAAGUUAGUUUGUUGCAGGAACCGUCUUACAAGCUUGAAAGUGCAGAAUUUCACCCUGAACACCGCACAGAAACGAACACACAGCGCUAGGGAGACUUGCUUCCUCUCUGACUUGUAACUAACAUUAUUAUGGCUGGUAGCACCAUCAAGACAGUGUACGAUAUUUUUCAAAGCAUGGAGUACGGACCAGCAGCAACUUCCAGCACCACCACUGCACAGGCCUGGCUGGAUCACCACUCCCGUUCUCUGGGUCUGUUCAUCGAUGGCAAGUUUGUCCGUCCAGCAGACAGACGGAGCUGCUCCCUGACUGACUCUAAAGGUGGUAAUGUGUGCAACACAGUGUGCGCCGUGGAGGAUGACGUUUCCCAGUGCGCCUCCUCUGCUGUUAACGGCUACAAGGCCUGGAGCGGCCUGACGUGCUACCAGAGGGCCAAAGUGCUGCUCAGGUUGGUGAGCGUUCUCGGCCAGCACAGUCAGUGUGUGUCGGAGCUGUGUGAGCUGUGUGGGGCCUCCUGCUCGCCCUCCGCCCUCGUCAGACUGCUGCAAUACUACAGCAGCUGGGCUCAGCUCAGAGACACUCUCAUCACCAACUGGACACCACUAGGUGUGGUGGCAGUAGUUGGCUCUGAUGACUGCUCUCUCUAUUCCCUUUUGCUCAAAGUCCUACCUGCACUGGCCAUGGGCAACUCUGUCAUCAUUGUCCCUGGUCACAGCAAUGGCCCUCCAGCGCUCCUUUUGGCACAGCUUUUUGUGGGAGCAGGACUUCCUGCCGGGGCUCUUAAUGUGGUAACAGGAAGCGACGUUUCGCUGGGGGCCAAAGUGGCCCAGAGUCCCAGCAUCAGCUACGUCACCUACAGCGGCAACAAGCAGGAUGGGGUGAUGCUCUGUAAGGCCACAGCAGGGAUGGGCGUUCCCGUUUCUGUCUCUCCCAUCAUCGGCGCUACGUGUCCCUUCAUCAUCUUUGAGUCAGCCGACAUCGACAGCGCAGUGGAUGAAGUGAUAGAGACGGCCUUCAAGAAGAAAAGAGAGGUCUACUGGGUGUUGUGCGUGCAGGAGAGUGUGCUGGACCAUGUCGUGGCCCGUCUCAGGCUGCGCAUGGCAGGGAUGAAGUGUGUGCUCCUGCACAGUGAUGGAGACAGGCUCCUGGUGGACGCUGCAGUACAGGAAGCUCAGCAGCAAGGGGCCACGUUGGUUCAGUCCUGCUCUGCCCCCCCUUCAGGUGCUCAGUACCCUCCCACGGUGCUCUGCGGGGCGGCCCCCUCCUCUCCGUUUGUGGUCAACCCCUCUCCUGGACCACUGCUGCCUCUCAUGACCUUCAGAAGCAACACAGAAGCAGUGACCCUGGGAAACCACAGUCCUCAUGGCCAGGCAGCCUCUAUCUGGACUGAAGACCUCACCCUGGCUCUGGAGACAGCUAAGAGUCUGUCAGUUGGCUCAGUGUGGGUGAAUUCCAGCUCUGUGUCUGACCCCUGUCUGCCUGUCUCCGGUCACAAAGACAGCGGCACCUGCACUGACGGAGGACAGGAGGGUCUGUACCAGUUUCUACGCCCAUCCUCUUCCUCCUCUCCUCCUCUACCUCGCUCUUCCCCUGUCUCUGUGGACUACUCGAAGUUUGGAACAGCAACCUCCCCGGCUAUCAUUCCUGAUGAGUCCGACCCCGCCAGUGCUCCUAAGUCCUACCAGCAGUUUGUCAGCGGUAAGGCUUGUAAAUCAGUGUCUGGCUGCAGCGUGGCUGUGCAGUCACCAGGGGGCGGCGGCGUGUUAGCCUAUUGUCCAGAUGGAGGCCGGAAAGAUGUCCGUAACGCUGUGGAGGCUGCUGUCAAAGUCCAACCUGGCUGGAUGAAAAAGACUCCGUCUGCACGCGCCCAGUCGCUCUACUCUCUGGCCAAGGGCCUGGAAGCAAAGAAGCGCGACCUAGCUGCUUCAAUCAAAGUUCAGACCAGCCUCUCCAUGGAAGAUGCUGACAAGCAGGUAGAGCUCAGCAUCGCCAGGCUCAGUGAUUGGGCGGCGUACUGUGACAAAGUCCGAGGAGGAGCUCCGCCUGUGCCACAGUCUGGCUCUGCUCUCUCCCUCCCUGAAGCCCUGGGAGUCGUGGGGGUCAUCCUCCCUGACAAGGAUCCCCUCCUCUCUAUGGUAACACUUCUUGGGGCAGCCAUCGCCACUGGUAACGCCAUCAUCAUGGUCCCCAGUCAGAAGUACCCACUACCAACCUUGGCAUUCAUUCAGGUGCUCCAGUCUUCAGACCUGCCAGCAGGUUUGGUAAAUGUCGUUACAGGAAGUAGAGACCAGCUGACCGUGGCUCUGGCUAAUCACAGUGUCAUAAAGGCCAUCUGGUACUGGGGCAGUGCUGAGGGCUGUCAGUACCUCCAGUACACCUGCACCAGCCCUUUGAAAGUCCUGCGCCUGUUCUGCCAAAAGGACGGGGAGGGGAAAGACUGGGCUCACCCCUCACUCCUGGAAGAGAUGUGGAGAAAUGCCGUCCAGUGGAAGAGUGUCUGGAUUCCUACGGCAUAAGAAGACAGGAGGAGGGAAAUGAAAGAUGGAGAUGACUAACAAGAUAGAGGGGGAAGAGCUGCAGAUACCUACUGUUUUAACAUCAGCCUGUAGAGUUAAUCUCUGAUCUGUAGGUUAUGGAUUUAUACGGAAGGACAAAAAAUGAACUGUGACCAUGAAAAUCACAAGAUGUCAGUGAAAUGAACUGUGAACAGACAACAAACAAACAAAGGUGCAUUCAUGGACGACAGGUCAGACAACAGGGAUUUAUUUACCAGGUUAUGAGUGAGUGAGCGGAAUGAGAAAUCGAGGGGUGAAAUAUAUAAACGGAUUUAAUUUUGAGGUUUUGGCAGUGGAAGCCACAGGCAUUCAGUCUGGGAUGGAUUUUCGUAAAAAAAAAAUUUUUUUUUAUUAAAUACUAAUGAAAACUGAUAAUGAAGGGCUCAUGUUAGCUGCAUUGCUGAUGUAUUAACUCUCACCUCGUCAAACUAACAAGGGAGUAUAAACACAGAGCCAAGUCGACCUGAUGUUUGCUAUUGCUAUGCUAUUUCUGCCAUCAUAAACACAAGUCCUGGUGACUUUCUACCUUUAUCUUCUGCUAUUUGUUUUCCAAUAGUCAUCACAGCUCUGCUUGGUUUAUUAGAAGUAUCUUGAAUCUUGAAUGAGUCAGCAUAUGUCUUUUCAGACAGACCUGCAGGUAGCAGAGCCCUGGAUCAAAAAGUAGUUGGAAGACUGUAGAUUAUUGGAAGUAUCAGAGAGACAUAGUAGAAUCUAUCAUUGUUUCAGUCAAAUAUCUGUGGGGUUUUUUUGUAUUUGUUUUUUACAACAAAUCUUUUUUUCAGUCUACAACUUAAACUCAUCUGCCUCAGAGUUUUGUCUAUGACUGAGAAAAUAUUGAUCAAUCGUGUGUCAACUCAAUCUGAAUACGCUACUGUAUACUUAAUUACUGUACAAUAAUACUGUUGCUUUUAGUCAUGGAAGUACACUCUGCGCAAACAUUCUCAGAGAAAUCUAGUUGAUUUCCAUGUCCAAGUUCACACUGGUAAAAAAAAAAAAAAACAUCUGUAUGAGUAUUUCCAGAGAAUGACACUGUGGGUCUCACUGUCUAAACAUAACUAAAAGAAGAUUUAAUGAAUGUGCACACUCUUGUUUUUUUUUUUAGCAUGGCUUCAUGGAUGGCAAUGCCGGUCUGCUGGUGUUGCCAUCCAUACCUCAACAGCUGUUUGACAGAUUGCCAUGACAUUGUGUACAGACAUUUAUGCCCCCUUGAGGAUGAAUUGUAAUAAAUUUUGUAAUCCA